AGAAACUUGCUCAUCCAGGGACCUGCGACCCGGCCCCCACCCUCCACUAUUUUGACAAAUACCCAAGAACCGUCCAACAUUCCCUCUUUUGGAUUCAAUUUUGGCAUUCGAUACUGCUGGUCGGUUUUCUCAUCAUCUUUAACUCUCCACCUGCUCGUUACUGUAUCCAUCACAUACUUUGUUGUUUUGGUAGGCGAUCCUGUUCAAACGGUUGAACUGCCCUGGAACCCCAUCAUUAUUUGUAGCGCGAAGACGAACCAUGACAUAAACCACCAGGCGCGUUGCCAGAGGACUCGUAAGACAACAUCAACCGAAUUGCGAAUUGUGCGAGAGACCGAGAGAUCACGGAAUACGAAAAAAAGCUAGAGGUAGAACAUUCAGCAGAACCGCUGCCUGGUGGCAGUCUAAAUCAGCAACAUGGAGGGCAUGUCGAUGGGAGGUCCGGAUGAAUUCCAGACAACAAACAUGGGGCUAGCCCAUGAUUUCUGGUACAUCAUCGCCGCCGUACUGGGAUUCAUAGCACUAUGCCGGCUAGUCAAUCUUUACAAGAGCCGAACGAGACUACAAAAACGCUUCGCCAACUCGGUCCAAUACCCAACAAAACCUUCAAACCAGUUCCUCGAAAUCUGGGCAACCCUAACCGCCCUCGUCCGCGAAUCCAGCUACCCCCAACUCUAUGUCCCCUCGUCAUGGUUCUCCUGGAUGACACCCCCUCCCCUCGGGCGGGUAAUCACCCUCCUCGUCUACUGGGCCAUCAUCAUCAGCAUGAUGACCGCCAACGCCAUCAAGAACGACGCCUUCUUCUGGGAGCGCAUCGGCUUCCGCAACGCCUGGAUCACCGUCAUGCAGAUGCCUUUGCUUUACCUGCUGGCGUCCAAGUGCAGCAUCAUUGGGUUGAUUGUCGGGAACGGUCAUGAGAGGCUGAAUUGGCUGCAUCGAUGGGUCGGCAGGACCAUGUUCGUUACGGCCGCGGUGCAUGGAUGGCAUUUCAUCGCGGAGUGGCAGCGGGCCGGGAUCUUGGACUUUCAGAUGAAGAUGAUGGGCAUCGUCAAGUACGGGUUUGCGGCGUGGGCCGUGUUGGGUUGGUCGUUGAUUUCGGGGUUUGCGCCGCUGAGGAGGUUGGGGUAUGAGUUCUUUGUACUGCAACAUCUCAUUAGUGCUGUGUUGUUUAUUUGGCUGGUGUAUGUUCAUGUUCCGGCCGCGGCGAGGUGGAAUGUUUGGUUCUCGAUUGGGGCACUUUGCUUUGAUCGGGCUUGCAGGACGGUCUUGUUGGUGUGGCAAAACAUCAAGUUCAGGCCGAACAGGUCGAGGUGCAAGGGAGGUCAGAGGAUCGGUCACUUUGCCCAGAUCCGGGCCGUUGGUGACUCGAUCACGGUCAUCAACAUCAAGGAUGUCCAUUUCAAGUGGAAGGCUGGACAACAUCUUUACCUUUGGAUGCCCGCCAUCGGACCCAUGGAAGCGCAUCCAUACACCAUCGCUUGCGCGCACCAGCUCCCGGAGACAUGUAUCUGCAACAGCAUCCAACUCGUCGUUCGGAAACACGGCGGCUUCUCCAAACGACUACACGAGCGCGCCGUCAAGGAUCACGCCGAAGGCAGAAAAGGAAACUACACCGUCUUCGUCUCCGGGCCCUACGGCAUGCCGCCCCGUCUCGACAUCUACGAAACAGUCAUCCUCAUCUCCGCCUCCACCGGCGCUUCAUUCACUUUGGCUAUUCUCGAGGACCUCCUCGCAAACGCCAACACCAACUGCAUCAAGCGAAUCGACUUCCUCCUCACCACCAAGCAAGGCGAGGAAAUCGACUUUUACGUCAAGCGUCUCCACGAGUUUCUCGAUGGCGCCAAGGAAGUCGGCAUCGAGCUCCUCGUGCACGUCGCCAUCACCCGGAGCGGCAGUACUUCCAUCCUCCCAACAAACGAAAGGACAGAAGGGAGGUCCUCGUCGAGGUCAUCUUCUUGGGGUAGCAACCUAGGCGGAGACCGGGAGAAGAGAUCAAGUACCACCGGCGGCGGCCGCCGCGACGUAGAAGAUAAAGCCCUCAGCCUCACACCCCGCCGACCACUUAGUGAGGCUAGUACGGAUUCGCACGUGCAUCACUCGACCACAAGGCCGGAUAUUGCGGCGUUCAUUAGGGCGCCGGUAGAGGCCACGGGAGGAGAGACCAAGGUGGUGGUUUGUGGAGGGCCUUCGUUGGUUGCGAAGGUGAGGAAUUGUGUGGCGAGUUUGGCGGAUGAGAGGGCGGUGCAUAAGGGGACGGGGGCGCAGGGGAUUGGGCUUUUUGUGGAGGAGUAUUCGUUUUGAUGUUCAGGACUUGUGGAAUUUGG